CUACAUAAUGAGUAAUUACAAUAAUUGUUGUUAAAAAAUACGAAGAAAAAUAAAUAAAAACUAUUUACAAUUACAACAAAACCAUAAAUAACAAAUUAUUAUUAAUCUAAUAAUAAAGAACAAACGAAUGAAAAUUUAUAGUUUAUUGCACUAGACAUUUGCAAGUGUUAAAAUUCCCAGAAAAUGUCUUCGAAAGUCAUAAAUUACAUGGGCAUGAGUAUAGUGGAGCCCCAGGAAAGAAUGCGCCAUUUGGUCAACCAUGGCAACAUGAAUGAUGUGGAUCCUAAACAGUCUAUAAGUCGUUACUAUCGCUCUGGCACUGAAAUGUUACGCAUGGCUCAAGUGUAUCUCGCUGAGGGGGAGCAUGAAAAUGCCUUCAUACUUUAUAUGAAAUAUCUAACAUUGUUUGUGGAGAAGAUACGCUCCCAUCCCGACUAUCCCAGCAUUAAGUCUGAAAUGAAAUUCAUUAAUAAACGUAUCAAAGAUGAGGUUAUGCCCACUUCGGAAAAGUUGCGCGUUAAACUAUUGGAUCGUUAUCAAAGGGAAUAUGAGCAAUUUCUGGCCAAUAAAGAGGCAGAACGUGUACGUGAAAUGGAACGUGAUCGUCGUAUACGAGAAGCGGCUGCUAACAAUUCGACAAAAACUGCAUCGCUAAUACCCGCCAAUCUACACGUUCAAAUGGAUCCCAAUGUUCAGCCUAUGGCACCCGAUAUAAGUUUACUGGAUCAGGUGGUGUAUCCCAAUGAUUUUCCAACGGGUGGCCAUAAGUCAAAUUUACUAUUGCCAACGGAUAGUUUGGAUAAGGAGGAUAAACGAUCAAACCUUCCCUCAAAGCCCUCUUUCGAUCGUACACAAAAACCUCAAUACGAUCGCUCCAAUUCCCUGCUGGAAGGUUCACUGCGCCCCGUUGUCAUACCACAAAAUACAAUGGAUGUAUUUCUACAACUUGCACAGACGAAUACCAUAAAAAAUAUUGAAACUUGUGGCAUCUUGGCGGGUCAUUUGGCCCAUAAUCGUCUGUUUAUAACUCAUAUUAUAAUACCCAAACAACAAGGUACCCCCGACUCGUGCAUCACCAUACAUGAAGAGGAAAUAUUUGAAGUACAAGAUGAACAAAAUUUAAUAACAUUGGGAUGGAUACACACACAUCCUACGCAGACAUCAUUCUUAUCAUCGGUGGACUUGCAUACACAUUGUUCGUAUCAGAUAAUGAUGCCCGAGGCUAUUGCCAUUGUUUGCGCACCAAAAUAUCAAACUAACGGUUUCUUUAUACUUACCCCAUCUUAUGGUCUGAACUAUAUUGCUGAAUGUAGAAAAAGUGGAUUUCAUCCACAUCCCAAUGAUCCACCAUUGUUUAUGGAAGCCCCACACAUUCAAAUGGAGUCCGAUCAAAAGAUACGUGUAGUGGAUCUGCGCAGAUAGUUUAAGGAAUUCUUUAUCUAAAAAGAGCAAAACGAAUUUAAGGGCUUAUUAAUUGAAACAAAAAGCUUAACAGAAAUCUGACCUAAAAAAAGAAAGAACUAAAAAUUAUUCAAAAUUAUUAUAAUAAAAAAAAUAUAACUAUAAAUACUUAAACUAUUUUGGCGGCAUUAAAUGUAAAACUAAAUUAAAACCCUAUAAUUUGUGUUUGGCUAAAAUUCUCUACUACAUAAUUCAUACAAAACCAAUUUACUUUAAUAAACAUAAAAAUAAAAAAUUAUAAAGUGCUUUAAUAAACAAAAUUACACAGUACAACAUUUUUCAGUCCAUUGCUUUGGGACUCAAUUCUGACAAUUGCACGUGAAAGUAGCCCCAAAAAUAAGAACUUCUGUAUCAUUAGUUUUGUCAAGUUGGCUGCCGUAAUAAUUUAAUGGCCAUACGAAUUUUUUUUCCUCAAGGUAGAUUUUUAUCACUUUUUCUAUAUUUUAGAACGUUUAUAUCUCAUAUACCGUACGGAAUAUCUCUUUUGUGCCUGAAGCAAAAUUGUAUAUAUUGAAAAGUAGAAGAAAAGUACGGAACAUACCUACCCGAAAAAGGUGCAUCCAGUGCCUUAAAAAUCGCAAAAAUGCCCAUUUUUUAAAUUUUUUUACCAAUUUUUCACCUUUUUUGCUCAAUAACUGGAUUACAAAUCCAAUUAUGGACCGAACACCAUGAAAUUAGGUCGUGUGAUUUGUGUUUAUAUGAAAGUUAUUUAUCAUGAAUUUUGCUUGUAUACCAUCAUUUUUAACAGAUUUAUUCACUUUAAAGUGAUUUUCGGAAGCGGGUCUUAUAUGGGAGCUAUGAAUAAUUAUGGACCGAUCAUAAAACAAUUUGGUACAUAUAAUUUGCUCGGCACAAGGACGAAGCCUGUUGAAAUUGCCUGAAAUCGGUUCAUUAUUUCACCUAGCCCCCAUACAAAUGUCCUCCCGAAAUUGGACUUUAUCGGUCAUAAAUGUUUAAUUUAUAUAUGUAUCUACACAAAUUUCGCUCCAAAUAAGUUUUAUAUAUACAAAAUUCAUGUCACCAAAUUUUAUUAUGAUCGGUCCAUAACUAGUCAUAGCUCCCAUAUAAGACCCGCAUCCGAAAAUCACUUUAAAGUGAAUAAAUCUGUUAAAAAUGAUGGUAUACAUGCAAAAUUCAUGAUAAAUAACUUUCAUAUAAACACAAAUCACACGACCUAAUUUCAUGGUGUUCGGUCCAUAAUUGGAUUUGUAAUCCAGUUAUUUAGCAAAAAAGGUGAAAAAUUGGUAAAAAAUGGGCAUUUUUGCGAUUUUUAAGGCACUGGAUGCACCUUUUUCGGGUAGGUAUGUUCCGUACUUUUCUUCUACUUUUCAAUAUAUACAACUUUGCUUCAGGCACAAAAGAGAUAUUCCGUACGGUAUACGAGAUAUAACCGUUCUAAAAUAUAGAAAAAGUGAUAAAAAUCCACCUUGAGGAAAAAAAAUUCGUAUGGCCAUUAAAUUAUUACGGCAGCCAAAUUGACAAAACUAAUGAUGCAUAAGUUCUUAUUUUUUGGGCUACUUUCACGUGCAAUUGUUAGAAUUGAGUCCCAAGAUCAUGUGUUGUACUGUGUUAUUGAAUAAUUAAAAAUGGAAACCUGUUGAAAUAACAAUACAGCAUAAAUAACAAGAAAUAUGUAAUAAUAACAAAUAAUUGAUGACAAACCGAUAUUUUUAGAAAAGUAUAUAUAUUUUUUCAAACAUUUUUAAAGUAAAAAUAAAAUACAUACAAUGUAAAACUA